AUGUCCAACCAAGACCGUGGACAGUACCAGCCAGGCCCCGAGCAGGAUCAGGAAGGGACGACCAGCAACGGAGACGAGCUCCCGACUUACGACGAUCUCGCCGCGGCCAGCGGGCCUAAUUCAAGGUUCGGUCGGUGGCGGGGAUGGGUGGAGAAGAGAGCUGCGGAACGAUAUGCAGACCUCACACCGGCGGUACGGGAGCAGCGACGAGCAAGAGGGUGGGAUAUAGAACCUCCUCAGCCGCCCCCGCCACCGCCGGACACUCAGAAACCCCUCCCCCCUUUAGUUGUAAAUCAGCCACCCACCCCCGGCAUGCUCCAUGUGCAGACGACGAACAUGACCAUGCCCCCCAUAUCCCCCUUCUUCACCCCCGACCGCACACCGCCCGUCAUCCCCCAAUCCAUCCCACCCUCACACCUCAGACUGAGCAACUUCGGCUCCCGCUUUCUGCCACACACCACGUCCCCCAUCCGUUCCCUCUUGCCCCUACCCGGAGAUCGCAUGCUGCUGAUCGGCCACGAUGACGGGUUAUCGGUGCUGGACAUGUUUCCUCAGGAAUGGACGGACGGAGGGCUAACCACUAAAGGCCCCAGCGACGCACAGGCCAAGCUGAUCUGGCAAGGUGAAGGGGUCUAUCAGAUGUCGUAUCUCGAGGUCGAGAGUAACGGGAGCAGCACGCCCCAGGGUGUGGUCUUAGCACUUGUUGGGCAUCCGGAGAGCGACACACCGAAGGAUCAGGAGUCCUUCCGAAGCCUAAGGCUAUAUAGUCUCGCAAGCCUCGCGAGUUUAGCCCGGUGGGCAACGACACAAAAGAACGCCCGCCCCUUAGACCUACGCAGGCCAGGGAACUGGCAGCCCCAGCAAACGGCGAUCAAGAAGAAACACCACUCCUCCACGCACAGCCUCACCAAGGGUCUCAAGUCGCUCAUCCUCGACACCCCCAGUGGCUCGCAGCACCGCGAGCACACGGACCGCCGCGCCUCCUUCUCUCCCGGCUCGACCAAGUCUACGGCCACGCUGAGCCCGAGCUCCUCCAUCACGCGCCUGGACACGCCGUUUAACGCGAGCAGCGAGAGCCUCGCGCCCGUGCGCAGCAACUCUGGCGACUCGGGGUGGGACGUGGUGGACGAGCUGCCGCUGCGGUGGGCGACGGACUUCGUGCCGCUUGCGGGGGCGCGCUUGGCGCAUACGUCCGUGCUGUCGUAUGAUCUGUAUAAAGACCAGAAUAAGAAGGGGGGAGGGACGCUGCUUGCGGUCGCUACGAAGAAUAACAUUCUGUUGUACGAGACACCCAGGGGUGAACGCGCCUUUACUUUCGUCAAGGAAUUCUACACACCUUUCCAUGCACGGUCCGUAUCGUUCGUUCACCAAACCUACCCAGACACGAUUGCGCGCAGCGUCUCCGACGUCGCGCACGUCCGCGAAUCCUCCUCAGGGCGAAAAUCUCACCAGCGGCACUCGUCAAUGAUUGGCCGCUUCCUGAACUACGGCAACCAGCUCUGCCUCUUCGUCAUCUUCGAAAAGAAGGCGGGCAUCAUCCGCAUCGCGGACGCGUCUGUCGGCGAGGUCGAGAUGUACGAGGGCGCGAGUGCCAACAGCCUAUCGCCGACGUCCUCGAGUGCGCGGCGCUCGCGCUUGUCGAUGGAUGGAGGGCAUAUUGGAUUUGCGAAGGAAACCAAGGGCGCGUGGCUCCCGCCGCAAAGAGUCGAGAUCCCGAUGACUAUGAACUCGUCCUCGCGGCACCACGGCCUCACGCAGGGCAUGUACUGUCUGUCCAGGGGGCGGGUGACGCAUCUGUUUGCCUCACCGCUGCCUGCAAAUGUGCCAGCAACGCCGCCUGUCCUCGCUCUGCAUUGGAACUAUACGCCGAAGCAUGUCAUCCCGCGCGUAUGUCUACCGGACGAAGAUGAUGAUAUCACACAGCCUUUCUUGCAGCUCGUUGGCUUGGGCGACGACGGCAUCGAAGUGCAGGAGCUGCCUCUUUCUGCACUUGCGUCGAGUAAGGGCAAGGGUCGGGCGUUCGAGCCCGUCCGGGCUUACGUGGAUCUUGGCGGGGACACUGACUUCUUGUGCACCGGUGGACAAUGGCAUCGGCCGCUGUUUGCGCAUCUCAACCGUAGCUACUCCACUGCAAGCACGCUCUCCAAUUCUUCGUUCGAUAGCUUGUCGACAGACGAGAUCAGGUCGAAGUUGGCGAGAGAGGAGGGCAUCUACUGUUGGAUCAAGAAGGGGUAUGAGGACUUUAGGAUAUUCUGGGUCGGCGGUACCGGAAGUGUAAUCGACGACGAAGAAUCUAGUGAAUAUUGA